GAGCAAUAUGGGAAGAGGUGGAGAUAAUCAAACAUCAAUCACAGAAUUCCUUUUGUUAGGACUGACUGAUCGUCCCAAGUUGAAUUUUCUUUUCUUCAGUAUCAUUUUAUUAAUGUAUUUUGUGACUAUAAUAGGGAAUUUGGGUAUGAUUAUUUUAAUAUCCUGCUCCUCCAAACUUCAUAGUCCUAUGUAUUUCUUCCUUGGUAAUUUGUCAUUUUCAGACUUGUGUUAUUCUUCUGUUAUCACUCCAAAGCUGAUGGCCAACUUGUAUUCAGGCCAAAAGGUUAUAUCUUUUAAAGGAUGUGCCACACAGCUUUUCUUUUUCGCACUGUUUGUGGGUUCAGAGUGUUUUAUUGUGACUAUUAUGUCCUAUGACCGUUAUGUGGCAAUUUGUAAUCCUUUAUUAUAUGCAGUUAUCAUGAGCAAGCCACUCAGGGUUAAGUUGGUUGGGGCUGCUUACUCUGGCGGAAUACUAACCUCAAUAAUACAUACUUGUGGUACUUUCAGUAUGACUUACUGUGACUCAAACAAAGUCAACCAUUUCUUUUGUGACAUCCCACCACUUCUAAAACUCUCCUGCACUGACACCUUUAUCAGUGAGCUUUUUAUGUACCUUUUGUCUAGUAUCUUAGGAGGCUUGUCUGCAACAGUAAUCAUGUUUUCCUAUACAAAAAUAAUAUCUGCAAUCCUAAAGAUGAAAUCUCCAGAAGGAAGACAAAAAACUUUUUCCACUUGUUCCUCUCACUUAUUAGUAGUAGCUUUAUUUUUUGGCACAGCCAUCUUUGAGUAUGCAAGGCCAAUUUCUAGGUACUCAGUCCAGAAGGACAAAAUCAUUUCUUUUGUCUAUACAGUUGUCAUUCCAAUGUUAAAUCCAAUAAUUUAUAGUCUUAGAAAUGCUCAUGUGAAAGAUGCCUUUACUGGUGCGUUAAAUAAAAUGUCCUCUUGCAAAUAGCAAUAUUUAUUGCAAAUAGGUUUCUACUUACUCCAGUAGGCGCUUGGUUGUAGACUAAAAGCCGUUUACACCUGUGUGACUUAAGAGUUAGUAAGU